AUGGUCUUUAAGCCGUUCACCCAUCUCGCGCGCCAGAGUUUCACCAAAGCCUUCACCCAUGGCUAUGCUCAGUCGGUAGUCGCGGCGUCGCAGUCAUACGCAUCGCAGUCGACCCUCAACCAGCUUGCCCUUCAGCCAGCUGCAAAAUUCUCCCGAACAACCCAAUUACAGAAUGCUUUCUCCACAGCUUCAAGUUCAUCGGGUGCAGGUGCUAAGGCAGGCCAGGCUGCGGGUGGCAACGGUGAUUUUGGCCUUGCCGCUUAUUAUGCGGCAUGGCAGCACGCUCAACUGACCGGUGAUGACACCGAUUGGCGCCAGUUCCAGUUCACGCGCCGUAUCGGUUGGAAUCCCGCAGACGGAGUCGAGGAGCCCACGGAGGAGGGUAUCCCUGCUCCCGAAACCCCUCAUCUGUCUAAAGCAGCGGCCAACGAGAAUGUGAGCGCGCAAGUGGAAGAGGCUGUCGCACGAGAGAUCCAGAUUCAGGAGGAGCAGGCACAGGCCGAGGAAGCUUCGGUUGCAUCCGAAGUGGCCGUUACUGAGUCCAACGUGGAUGACAUUGUUCUGUCGGAUGCGAUCUCCCAGGAGAGCAAAAUUGCCUCGGACCGCGUUGUGCAGCUGGUUACCGAUGAGAGUUUUGCGGAGAUUCCAGCAGCGUUCGAGUCUAUACUCCGUGAAGGAUUGACUCCCACUGUGGCUGCGUACAAUGCUCUCUUGGUUGCCGCGAUCCGUCUUCACCCGGAGGCUGCUGAUGCCAUUCACAAGGCUCUCGAUGUGUAUUCUGAUAUGCUCCGUCGCAGGGUAAUUCCCGACGAAGACACCUAUCAGACCCUCGUCCAGCUGCUGAUUACCCGGGCUCACCACACCAUCAAGGCCAAGGGGGUUCUUGAGCAGGAGCGAGUUCGGUAUGGCGGUAUGGAAGAGCCGGGCAAGUUCAUGUUGCAAUCCAGUGAACUAGAGCGCGACUUGCUCGCCGAGGAUCAUUCCUUAGCCAUUGCGGUGAAGCUAUUUGAUACAGCCACGACCCGUCAUCCUGGUCUGGUCUUCCCCAUUAACUUGUACCGGCAGCUGAUUACAGCCUGUGCCCGGGAGAGCAGGGUUGAAGACAUGAUCCGCGUAUACUCUCACAUGGAGUCUCACAAAGCCACUCCCCACGCAUCCAUCUUCCCCGUGAUGAUUGACGCCUUUGCCCGGUCUGGUGACCUGUCCAGUGCAGUCGAGUGUUAUAAUGAAUACCGAAACAUGGCCGUGUCCGAUGACAAUGGCAUUUUCAGCAUCAUUGAUCGCAUGGACGGUGAGGUUUACGCAGCUGUCAUCCGGGCAUACUUGUCAUGCGACAAGGAAGCAGGUGCAAUGCACUUCCUUGACCGGAUUCAGUCAUCGUUUGACGGAGUCACUGAAAAUCGUGAAGCUCGCUGGGCGGCCAUUGAGUCGGUGAUUGUCAAGGACGCCCUUGUCCAGCACUAUUUGAAUACCGCAGACUACGGCAAGGCCCUGACGCAUGCCAAGGAGCGAUUGCAUGAUGUGGCCCGCGAUCAGGCCAUCUCCCGGAUCUGCAUUGCUGCUGCCGAUGCUGGCGAUCUCACCACCGCUUCGGAGGCAUACGAUCGCCUAUCCACCGCACCUGACGUUCGCCAACCCCCUGCGAUUUCCCUUUUGGCCCUCCAUGUGCGCCAAGGAAAUGUAUCCGCGGCUCGGUCCAUGUGGAUUAUGCUGAAUACUGUCGGUCAGGCAAUUCCGGAAAUGGUCCAACCGACAACGAUGUAUGCCCUCGCCCUUUUGAAGAGUGGUCAAGUCGAGGAUGGACUCCACGAGGCGCGCAACAUGUUUGCCCGCAUCCGCAAGGCGUCUGCCAAUCAAACGACUGUUGCCGACACCGUCCGUGAGCAAAUUGUCGAGUCUUUGCAUUUGUUCGGUCGCACCCUCACCGAGGCAGCUACCGUUCUUUCGCCUCAGGCUUCCAUGACGCUAUUGUGGGCCAUGAUUGAAAACGGUGGUCUUGUCUCCCCUCUUGCGGAGCACGCCGUCGCCAAUCUUGGUCCAAUGGGUAUCUCACAGCUCAAUCCCACGGAUCUUACCCUAGCCAUCCAAGUGCAGGCCCGCAUGUUGACCGGCAACAGCGCGUUGCUCUUCGACGUGGCUCACCCGGCCCGCUUUGCGCACAUGCUCGACGUGGUCCUGGCCGCCAGUCUUCCUCUUGAUGCCUACACCGUCCGUCUCGUCGAUCGAGCUGUUGCCGAGGUGUUUGUUAGCCGUCCUGACAUUGUUCUCAGAUGGCGGGACCACGUUCAAUCUCUGAGCCAGGCACCUCUCGUCGUAGAUCGCCACAGCCCUGUUUCGAUGGCCGACUCUCAUAUGACAAGCGCCUCGGUCAGUCCGGACUCUUUUGACCCUUAUGCCCAAGGAACCGACUUCCGAGGCUCAGCAAUCAUUGCUGAGGAGCUCGAGAAAGGUUCCGGCCGUGCAGACACUCAUUUGAACGACGCACUCUCUCGCUUGAAGACUAUGCGUCGUGCCGGACGUCACCCUCGGUACAUUACUUACGCCAAACUCAUCACCGCAGCUGCCAAGGUCGGCCGUAUGGAAUUGGUGCACGAUAUCCACGCGAUGGCUCGCGCGGAUGUCCCGCUGAAUCCAGUGCACAACGCCGUCAAGUACGGCUGGGUCUCUAUCCUGGAUGCCAUGGUUGCGGCCUGCCUCACCCUUGGUGAUCGGCAUUUGGCUGCACAAUAUCACCAGGAACUCUUGAGCCUUGGGUCUGCACCCUCUGCGAACACUUUCGGUCUCUACAUCACCACGUUGAAGGAGUCGACCAAGACCUUUGACGAGGCGACCGAGGCUCUCAAGAUUUUCCACCGCGCUGUUGCCGAGGGCGUUGAGCCGACCUCAUUCCUCUACAAUGCUUUGAUUGGCAAACUCGGCAAAGCUCGUCGCAUUGACGACUGUCUCGCGUAUUUCGCUGAGAUGCGGGCCAACAAUGUGCGUCCCACCAGUGUCACCUACGGCACCAUUGUGAACGCCCUUUGCCGCGUGAGCGACGAGCGAUUUGCGGAAGAGAUGUUUGAGGAGAUGGAGUCCAUGCCCAACUACAAGCCCCGUCCUGCGCCCUACAAUUCCAUGAUCCAGUAUUUCCUGAACACCAAGCGAGAUCGAUCCAAGGUCCUCGCCUACUACGAGCGUAUGCAGACUCGAAAGAUUCAGCCCACGACGCACACCUACAAGCUGCUCAUUGAUGCUUACGCUUCGCUUGAGCCUGUCGACAUGCCGGCUGCGGAGCGUGUUCUGCAUGACAUGCAAACCGCGGGUGUGCAACCGGAUGCCGUGCAUUACGCUUCCCUGGUCCACGCCAAGGGUUGUGUGCAGCAUGACCUUCCGGCCGCUCGCAAGGUGUUUGAUUCUGUGCUCGCCGACUCUCGUGUGCGUCUCCAGCCUUGCCUCUACCAAGCUCUUUUCGAGGGCAUGGUGGCCAAUGAUCAGGUGGCAGACACCGAGGGCGUUGUUGCGGGCAUGAAGCAGCGUAACGUUGAAAUGACGGCGUACAUUGCCAACACUUUGAUUCACGGCUGGUCAUCUGCCGGCCAUGUUGCCAAGGCGAGGGCUAUCUACGACGGCAUCGGCCUUGAGAAGCGCGAGCCCAGUACCUACGAGGCCAUGACACGUGCUUACAUUGCCGCGGACGACCGGGCAGCCGCCUCCGGUAUCGUUCACGAGAUGGUUUCCCGCGGCUAUCCGUCCGCAGUGGCAAGCAAGAUCAUUGACUUGGUUGGUGCUGCUCCUUCCGCCUAA